CUGCUACAUAGCUGAAUACUAGUAACACUAAGCCUGUAGCAUAUAUACAGAUCUAGCCCGUAUGAUGCUUCCCCAACUACUCAGCUGUUGUUCUUCCAAGAUGCAUCUCUUGUUCACUACCCUCAUCGCCAUAAGCAUCGCUUCAUCUUCACAAGUGGUGCAUCAGCAUGCCCAUGGCGGCGGCUGCAUCCCAGCCGAGAGGGCCGCCUUGCUCUCCUUCCACAAGGGCAUCACAAGUGACGGCGAUCAUGCCCUCGCGUCAUGGCACGGACAGGAUUGCUACCGGUGGAGGGGCAUCAGCUGCAACAACCAGACAGGCCAUGUCAUCAAGCUUCACCUUCGCAAUACAAGUCCGGACCUUGAUCGCUAUGAUGUGUGCGAUGAUGCUAAUUCAUUGGUCGGCGAGAUAAGUCCCUCUCUCCUUUCCUUGAAGCAUCUAGAGCACAUGGAUCUUAGCAUGAACUGUUUGGGGCCAAAUAGCGUUAUUCCUUGGUUCUUGGGCUCCAUGGGGAACUUGAGAUAUCUUAACCUCACUGGCAUGCCAUUUACUGGUAGAGUUCCUUCUCAGCUUGGUAACCUGUCUAAGUUGCAUCAUCUCGACCUUGGUCAGGGUUAUUCUGAAAUCUACUCAACGGACAUCACCUGGUUAACAAAACUACCAUUGCUGCAGUACCUUGGCAUGAGCAGAAUAAAUCUCUCAAGGAUAGCUGACUGGCCUUGUACCUUGAAUAUGGUUCCAUCUCUAAGGGUUAUUAAUCUUGCUUACUGUUCACUUGAUGAUGCAAGCCAAUCGCUUCCCUACCUUAACCUCACGAAACUCGAGAAGCUUGAUCUGUCCUGGAAUUAUUUAGACCACUCAAUUGCAUCAAGUUGGUUUUGGAAAGUGAUGAGCCUCAAAUACCUCAGUCUUCGAUUUGGAAAGUUUCCUGGCGCACUAGGAAACAUGACAUCACUCAAGGUACUUGAUUUGUCAGACAACAAUCUGAAUAAGACUGGAAACCUUAAAAAUCUUCUUAAAAAUCUUUGCUGUUUGGAAAUCCUCGACCUCUCUCGAAAUUUUAUGAUUGGAGAUAUAGAGGUGUUGAUGGAGGGGUUGCCGCAAUGCACAUGGGAAAUAUUGAUGGAGCUGCAUUUCCAUGGAAACGGAUUCAUUGGGACCCUACCAAAUUUUAUAGGGGAAUUCAGCAGCUUGAGUGUGCUUGACCUGUCCAGCAACAACUUUGUUGAGCUUAUACCGCCAGGGCUUAUGAAGUUGGUGCAUUUAACCAAUCUUGAUCUCAGACAGAAUCGACUCAAUAGGAUACCAAUUGAAAUUGGUGGCCUUACUGCUCUGACUUAUUUGGACAUGAGCCACAACAACUUGACUGGAAGUAUACCAGUCGAGCUUGGAAAAUUGAAGCAUUUGGCGUUCCUCUUUCUUGAAGACAACAAACUUACUGGAUCAAUACCACCAGAAGUUAUGAAUUCAACUUGUUUGACCUUCCUAGACCUCUCCAGUAAUCACUUCAAUGGAAGUGUACCCACUGAAUUAGGUUCUCUGAAGAAUCUGGUUGAUCUGGACCUAAGCAAAAACAGCCUUAAUGGUGUGAUCACGGAAGAGCACUUUGCAAAUCUACAAUGUUUGAAGACAAUAGACUUGUCGUCCAAUAAUUUAAAGAUUGUAGUUGAUUCAAAUUGGCGCUCUCCUUUUAGUCUACAGUCUGCAGUUUUUUCAUCUUGUCAAAUGGGUCCUCUCUUUCCAACUUGGCUUCAGCAGCUGCGGGGAAUCGAUUCACUUGAUAUUUCGAGCACAGCUUUAGAGGACAAGUUUCCUAAUUGGUUUUGGUAUACAUUUUCACAGUCAACAUAUCUCAACAUCUCUAACAACCAAAUAAGUGGAAGCUUGCCAGCGCAUAUGGAUGGAAUGGCUUGGGAAGAACUCUACCUAAGUUCAAACCGGCUCACCGGGUCAAUACCUUCAUUGCUCACAAAUAUCACUAUGUUAGACAUAUCCAACAAUAACUUUUCAGGAGGAAUACCAUCAAAUUUUGAAGCCUGCCGACUUCGAAUGUUGCUUAUCUAUUCAAAUCAAAUUGGUGGGUACAUUCCAGAAUCUAUUUGCAAAUUGCAACAGCUAUUGUAUCUGGAUUUGUCAAACAACUUUUUGGAGGGUGAAAUUCCUCAGUGCUUUGGCAUUAAAAAAAUGCAAUAUCUUCUGCUCGGUAACAACAGUUUAUCAGGAAAGUUCCCAGCAUUUUUGCAGAAUAACCCAGAUUUAAAGUUCUUGGAUCUUGCAUGGAACAAAUUCUUUGGAAGAUUGCCUACAUGGAUAGGAGAUCUGGAGUAUUUACGUUUUGUUCUACUGGGCCACAAUGCAUUUUCUGAUAAUAUUCCAGUCAACAUAACAAGCCUUGGGUCCCUUCAAUACUUGGAUCUAUCAUGCAACAAUUUCUCUGGUGCAAUACCUUGGCAUCUAUUGAACCUAACACUUAUGAAAACAGUACAAAAGGAAUUCAUGGAUAUGUAUGAUAUGUAUAUGGCAACUAGAGAAACUGACGGCCCGGUCGGUAUGGCAGCUGGUCACCUUGGAGAAAUAUUGUCAGUAGUUACAAAAGGACAGCAGCUUUUGUAUGGUACAACACUUGCAUAUUUUGUGAGCAUUGAUUUAUCAGGUAACUCUUUGACCGGUGAAAUCCCUACAGGCGUCACUUCCCUUGCUGCACUGAUGAACUUGAAUUUAUCAUCAAACAAAUUGAGUGGACCAAUUCCAGACAUGAUUGGGGCCAUGCAAUCACUGGUAUCUCUCGACUUCUCUGAGAACAAGCUUUCUGGUGAAAUCCCGUCGAGCUUGUCAAGUCUGACAUUGUUGGAGGCCUUGAACCUGUCUUACAACAACUUAUCUGGAAGGAUACCCUCUGGCCGGCAACUUGACACCCUUAAUUCGGAUAACCGUUCACUUAUAUACAUCGGCAACAGUGGACUUUGUGGGCUUCCUCUGCACAGAGGUUGUUCAGGAAAUGUUACUUCUAUCCAUGGUGAUCUCGGUAGCAACAAGCAAGAGUUUGAUCCACUGAGCUUUCAUUUUGGUCUUGUGCUGGGACUUGUGGUGGGACUCUGGGUGGUGUUUUUUGCAUUGUUGUUCAAGAGGACAUGGAGAAUUGCUUAUUUCCGGCUCUUCGAUGAGGUGUAUGAUCAAGUCUAUGUAUUUGUGGUUGUGAAGUGGGCAAGCUUCGCAAAGAACACAGCCACAGAGUAAGCACUUUUUUCCUCUGAAGGGGUCAAUGUCUGUGCUGCAACCCAUUGAGUGGGAGCUCUCGACUACCAAUUAACCAGGGCGAGGAAGAUCUCCAGCACCAUAUGUUUUAUCAUGUGCCUUGUUUAUACCUCUAAAUAGAGAUGAAGAUGUUAGUUCUUCUGAUACAUUUAUGACAUCAUUAUUGUAUAAUUAUGGUGGUACAUGCAAGAAUUAUGUGUUGUUCAAAUAUCCCGUUACAUGUAAGACUUUACUAUUGUUAUGGACUGUAAU